GGCCCUUCCGGGUACAGUAUUUACACAUCGGGCGAUGUUCUAGGUGUCACCAGACCUCCGUGUCCGCGGCUGUGCUCCUCAGGUGAGCGCCAUGUCCAGCCUCCAGAGACCGGCUCCUCCCGCACAGAAUGUCACCCUCAGCCUGGAGCAGGUGAAAGAUGCAUUAGGGGAUGUGCUGGACGCCCUGCAAUCUCCCACCGGAGCCGCUCGCCUGGAGGAGGCCAGAGAGAAUUCUGGGAACGACCUGGGGAAAGUGCUGCAGCUCCUACUCCCCGCAGCCGUGCAGAUCCAGCAGGAGGUGCUGCAGAACUACGGAUUCAGCCCUGAUGGGGAGGGUGUCCUACGAUUUGCUCGUCUGGUGAAAUCCUUUGAGUCCCAGGACCCGGAGAUCGCUGCCAUGUCUAACAAGCUGAAAUCAUUCUUCCUCCCCCCCCUGCCCCUGCCACCUCAUACCGGGCUGCCCAUCUCCUCAUCCUAGGGCUGCCCCUUCACCCCGGGCCGUGGCCUGCUCACUACAUACAGGACUGUGCCGUCAGAUCUUGCUCCACUGUUAUGUGCAAUUAAAUGUUUUUUUUUUUUUUUACCAAGACGUCUGUGUAUUGUGAGCCGUGCGAUCCGAUGAGUCCAUGGCUACCCCAAGAAGUCUGCGCCGCCACUUAUAUAGCACAGACCAGGGAAACCCUGCAGCCAAGAUGGCCUCCCCCUACCUUGUGUCACAGAGCAUUAAAGGGGAACCCCACCUUACAGCUAAAUGCAGUGAAUAGCUAAUAUGCUGUUACCACGUAUGGACACAGACGGCUGCCCGCUCUCUGUAGCAGCACGGUGCUUGUCUUUUAGUCUCAGUGUCACCAUAAGGAAUGUCUCUUAUAUUGAUUGACUUGACCCAAGGUAUGACGGGCCUUCUUUCUUCUUCUCACUCCUGCAUAGGGAUAAUCAGUUGCUAAACAUCUUUGGUGCCACUUUUCUUUAGUAGAAAGAAAAAUCUGGUUAAAAUCCAACCCAUCUUAUGAUUGAUGAUAUUUUUGCAAGUGGCCAAUUCCCUGGACUAGGCGAGCUUUGAUGGAAAAUCCUUGGGAUCUGCUGACCAGUAUGUAACGUGUAUGUCCAGGUUGUUCAGUAUCGGGCUCCAUGCACACUGGAAUGUAUAUGAUGCAGAUUGCAGUCUCUUCAUAGAAAAGGAUGCAGUCUGCAGAAUGACUUGCCACGCUGAAGAUUUCAAAAUCUGCUGUUGUUGGCCUUGUAACACCACAAAUGCCCUCUAGAUGGCAUUGCUCUCCGUUAGGAAACCCAUUAGACAUGUUAAAAAAGGAAGGAAAGCUGUGCGCUCUAUUCCUUUAUCAUGGCGUAUCACUUUGUAGUGGACCUGUCACUCCUCCACAGGCCCGGCAGCCGCUUGGUUGACUGAACCAUAACUUAACACCACCUAGAAACCAGUGGCCUUAUGUUCUUGGCGGUCAUCCAGUUUUCCCAGAAGUGGAUAUAAUGACGAAUAGAGAAUUGAAUGUUCUGAGUGAAUUUCAUGUUAAAGCGG